AUGAAAGUGGGUGUGGUUUCAGUAGGUCCUGGACACGACCGUGCGAACCUUCCGUGCAGAUGUGUCAGCGGCUGUUUCCGUUCCGACAGCGGCGUCCCGCACACAGCUGCAGCUCUGUGUACCAAGGACAGCUCCCCCCUGACCUUCCAGACGUGUGUGAUGCCCAAAGACUGUCAGACAUCCCUGUCGGUGGGGGGAAACGAUGCCCUCCCCGGGAGGAAAAAGAAGCCUGCAACAUUCUGGAGAUUACUUCCCAGCUGCCCCAGGUACCAGUGGAGGACCACCGACUGGGGAGAGUGUCGCGUCUCCCCCUUACUGAGCCAACAGGACCGGCGGCUGGCAAACAUCAGUAUUUUGUGUGGGGGGGGAGUCCAGACCAGGAAGACCUACUGUGUUCAGAUCCCUGAUGACUCAGCACCACAUCACAGGAAGGAGGUUUCCAGACCUGUGGAUGCCAGACUGUGCGCCGCCGCCGCUGAACCGCCUCCGUCGUCCGUCCGCGGCUGCUCCGUCCCCUGCCGGCAUCACUGUCUGCUGUCUGCGUGGUCACACUGGGGCCCAUGUGUGCACGAAAACUGCAAAGAACCGCAGGGGAAGAAAGGUUUCCGGCUGAGGAGACGGCAGGUGUUAUGGGUGUCCAGCAGUCCUCCACAGACCUGCCCCCAUCUGGUGGAGUCCGUCCCCUGUGAGGAGCCGGUCUGUUACCAGUGGCAUGUGGAGGAGCUCCCAUGUGUUCCAGCCCAAAGCCCCUGUGGUCCAGGAAGGGCAGUCCACAACCUGACCUGUGUGGACUCUGAAGGGGCAGACGUGUCCCCCUCCCUCUGCGGUGAUGACCCUCCCCCCUCUGAGGUGCCCUGUCAGAUGCCCUGCCCUGCAGACUGCGUGGUGGGCUCCUGGUCGUCAUGGUCACCGUGCUCACACAGCUGCGCCACCAAGACCGCCGAGGGCCGCCAGAGCCGCUCCCGCGCCGUGUUGGCCCUCCCUGGUAAAGGUAAACGGUGUCCAGCGGCUCCAGCUCUGGAGGAGUGGAGGGUGUGCAACGACCACCCGUGUAUGGUGUUCUACUGGGAGGCGUGGCCCUGGGGACCCUGCAUCCAAGACGCUUCUAUGAACCUGAACGGAACCGCCUUCUGGAACAGCAGCUCUGCAUGUGCCGUCGGAGUCCAGAUCCGGAAGGUCACCUGCAUGAAGAUGAACGCCGGGCCCGUCAUUAAUAAAAGGUGUCCAGACUCCACUCGCCCAGAAACUGUCCGACCCUGUGUGCUUCCCUGUAAGAAGGACUGCAUGGUGACGCCCUUCAGUGAGUGGACUGCCUGCCCCUCCACCUGUGUGCCAGAAACUGGAAGCUGA